AUGGCCGCAAGAAGGGAAAGACGGGGCGACGCCGUGCGGCGCGGCGCGGCGGCGCCUGGCGGGGCCCGCUCUCAGAGGCGGAGGCGGCGGCAGUGCCGGCAGCUGCUGACGUGCUCAAUGUGCCGAAGCUCGAGCUUGAGUCAGGCGGACGCACUCCCACACAAUUUCGAGCUGCGCUCGCUGCUGCCGCCCUGGCCGCUGCUCGGCGCGCUCGCCGUCACGUGCGUGCCGAGGCUGCUCCUGGAAACUUUUACGUCUGAGGGCGACAACAUGGCGGGCGUGCUCGCCCUCGCCGCGGUUGCACUGCAGCUAGCUGCUGCCAGUAGUGGCGGCGCGCGCCACGCGGUACGGUCGCGCUAG